AGCAAAAUGUCACAAAUAAAAGUGACAUCGGAGUAUAACAUUAGUUCAAUGAAGGGCAUAUAAGUCUUUAUACAUAAACACAUGGUGCAAUGUAACCAAGUCUCAUAAUCAUCUCUAUCCCUUACCCCACGCCCGCCCACUCCCUACGCCACCCCCUAGUGUACGAACCCUCAAUCAUUUACUAUACUUUUCCAACUUUAACACCAGAGUCCCUCUUUCACAUUUUGCAAACAAAAAAGCUUUCUUUUUUUGUCCGUACACAUUUUUUUUUUGCAUUUCUUGUUUUUGCUGAUUUUCUUGGUUAUGGAGAACCAAGAUCUCAAAGUAACAACCCCAUCAGGGCAUGAGAAUCAUGGACCACAUUUGUGUCAUAAAUGUGGUUGGCCUUUUCCAAAUCCACAUCCAAGUGCUAGACACAGAAGGGCACAUAAGAAGGUCUGUGGAAAAAUUGAAGGAUACAAGGGUGGUGAAUCUGAAGCAGCGGUUUCUGAUGACGAGCAUCACUCAGAUGGAGAUCAACAAACUCCAAGUCCUAAUGAUAAAAAGACUAGUGUUAAAGAGGUUGGUGACAUUGGUGACAAAUCAUAUCGAUCAGAGGAUGAAACUUUCUCUGAUGCUGUCACGGAGUUUUCUGAUUGCGGGAUUAACCUUGUCAUGGAAGAGCGUCCUGAGGGUGUCAAAAGUUUGAAUACAAAUGUGCAAAAAAUUGAUGAUGAUGUGAAGUCCAAUGCAAUUGGAGGUAUCUCAAAUGAUCCUGAGUCGCUUGAAAGUGCAACCAAUCAGCUAGUGGCAGAUAAAUCUUUGGGCACAAAGCUUGACAGACCGGUCGACUUACAAUUGGACGCCAGCCCUACUAAAUCCGAGAUCCCUGGAGAUGCUUCUUUGCAGGAUGAUAUGAGUGCUACUGCAUCUAUUGAAGCCAAACAAGUGCAGAUGUCCUCUGGCCAGCCAAAUGAUUUCAAGGGAAUAGAAGAUAUUAAUGCCGGUGGAGGUUUAGUUGAUACUGUUGAGGCUUCUGUCGAAGUGUCUCAAUCAGUGGUAUCUGAAACAGAUGGAAAAACAUCAAAUAAUGAAAGUUAUGAGUCAAAGCCACAGGAGGAAGAGGGAAAAAGUUCAGAUCCUUUAAUCUUGUCAUCUGAUUUACUUGGUGCAAAUAGAAAAUUUUCAGUUGUGGAAUCUAAGUUACCUGAGGAAGAGGAGCAAGCCAUAGAUAGUGUUCCCAAUGAAGCCGACCUAUUGCAUAAAGAGCGAGAAAAUCCCGAAUCUGCUGACAUGAAAUUGAACUUUUCGGAAGCUGAAGUUAAAUCAUUAGAUGGUGUGGAUGUAGAUAAGGAGCAUGAGCAAGUUGAUAAGGUGGAGCAGGAAAAACAGAGAAUCCCCGCCGAACUUCCGCCUUACGCACCAAUAUUGGAAACAAACGCUGUUUCGUCUAAUGAAAUUGGUGGUGGUAGUCGAAUUGAGCUUUCUGACUCAUCCAAAGCUGAGGAAGGGAGGGAAGAUGUGCAUGUGGUGUCUUUGGCAAAAGAUUUACCUGCAUUAGACAACCCUGAACUGCUUAAAGAUUAUAAAGACUACGAUAAAUUCAAAUCUAGUUUUCCGUUGGAUCUAGGCUCUUCUGAAGAAAUUUGCUCUGCAAAAGAUGAUGCUGUUGCUGCAUCAGAGGCGACUCAAUCUUUUGCGGACACUGGCAGGGCUGAUGGAAGUUUAUCCUCGGUAGCGUUGGAUGUUUCAGGGGAUCAGGUUAGUGAAGAAAAAGUGGCGGUCUCCGCAGAGGGUAAAACAGAUUCUAGUGAAUUAGAUGAUCUUCAAGAACCUGAUGACUCUUCAAAGAACUCUCUUACUUCAGGUACCCCAGCAGACCACUCAGAUAUUAACACUGUUAUUUCAUCCAAUCAGGAAGAAGCCAUGCAAGCAACGAAAGUUGAUGAUCCUGUAAUUGGAAGAACCGAAGAAACAAGUUCUACCAUGGUAGAGGAGAACAAGGGUGGACAUCCUGAAAAUGAGCUUCUUGCAAACGAUGAAACAACCCUUAUACACGCUUCUUGUUUAUCUGAAGCUAAUCAAACUAUGGUCACUCUUGGAGCAAGUGACCGUGACGAACAUGAAAAGGUCAGAACCGAAAACCCAAUUGUAGCUGGGGGUGAAACUGAGGAAAAGUUGUCAGGAAUCGCUGAAGGUGAUAAAACUGUCUGCCCAGUUGUAGGACAUAGUGAUCGUGCUAUAGUUACAGAUGCAACUGCGCAUGAGAGCAAGGAAGUAAAACUUCAUGAAGUCUCUGAAUUCAGCACAAUUAGCAAUGAUGCCAAAGCAUUGGAGUCUGCAAGUGCAACUGUAUUGGAUUCCAAAGUAACCAGGGAUUGUGAUGUGAAAGAGCCCACUGGUUUGCUUGUCGAUACUGAUUUGAACAUUCGUGUUAUCGAUAACUCCCAUGCAGGAGACGGCCCUAAAAGUGCCACUGGCGUUAUUUCAUCAGCCUCACAGAACGAGGGCGAUGACAAGCUCAUAAAACAGAGCGACACUGUUUCUGCAGUGGAUACCCCAAUGACAUCGAGCAGCAGAGCCGAUAGCUUGGACGCAAACUGGGGUUCUAUAUCAGUUCUUUCUACCCAGUCGGAGUCGACAGGUCUCGAGAAGUCGGAGCAUGACUUGCAGAAACCAACUUCUGGAGCUGAGGAGUGCCAUCCUGACAAGUCGGAUGAAUAUGAGCCUCCAUCUUUCAUGACGUUGGUGGAGUCAGGUGAAAGCGCUAACAAGAACGCCACUGCUUCUGAGAUCGAAACACAGCUGAACACUCAACAGCCGAAAACGGAAGCUCUGAAAGCUGGGUGGUUCCCUUCUAUUACCAAUGUGGUCAAUGAAUCUCAAGGGAGAAAGAAGAAUGAGGAGAUAAUUGCAAAAGUAACAAACUGGAGCACAGGGAAGCAGCAACACACUCCCUUGAAAAGUCUACUCGGUGAAGCCAGAUCUCCAAAUGUAAAACAUGUUCCGCCAUCUGUUAACAAGAAAGAUGAACCUGCCACUAAGACGAAGACAGUGAACUCAAUUCUGAGCUCAGACGCACCAACUGCUGCCAGUAAGGAGGCGGAGAAAGAAUGGAAUUCUCCCGCGAGGUAUCCAGUUGACAUCAAGAAGGAAAAGAGGAAGACGAAACCAUAUUGGGUACCAUUUGUUUGCUGCUCUUCAGUACAUCAAGACGCUUAGUUACUUUCUUGCGUGAAAUUCAAAUUAUAUAUAUUCUUCUCUUUUAGGCUUUGCAUUUGAACUCCUUUCUUAAACAAAAUUAUUCAACUGCAGGAGGGGUAUUCUUGUUUCUACAUGUAUAUUUGGAGGCAUAGGUCACUACUGUUUCUGUUAUCCACUUUUAAAAAAUAUGGCAUUAUCUCCUCUUUUUCCUGCA